GUUAGCUUUUAAAAUGGAAUAUGAUGAAGACGCUAGAAUUUUAAGCGAACAACUCAUGGGUACCGAUCCCUUUGGAGAUCAAAGUUCCUCCAAGCCACAUAGAAUCAUAGAUUAUGCUGAAGGGGUUCAGAAAUCCUUCGGAAAUAUUAACCAAGAAGAGUCAGACUACGCUGUAGAAUCAGAAAGUGAAGAUCCUAUUGAUCAUGAAAAUUAUAAAGGAAUGUACUACGAAGAUAAUACUGAAAAAUACGAAUGACCUCUCACUGGGGCUCAUUUUGAGUAUAAAGACAUGUGAGAAAGACUCAACAAAAUAAAGCAGGACAUUAGGCACAGCGAAGAAAGAGAGUCUUUGUCUGAAUCAUUUGAUUUUGACAAUUUUGUGCUUGGAGAUUCAAUAAAGCAAAGCAGGAACCAGAAUGAUAUCAAGCAAUCUCAAACAGAAAAUAAGGAAAAUCUGGCUUGAAAUAUUAUUAAAGCUAAUGACUUUAAGCCUUCUUGAUAUAAAAAUAGUUACAUCAGCCAACAAAAGGACUUAAGCGAGUUGUGAAAAUCUCUCAAGACCAAGCAAAGAAGAGCAUGUAGGAAUAACACAGAAGGGGUUGACCUAAAAUGUUUCCCUACAGUUGAAGAUUCUUUUAAAAAUAAGAGUCGUCAAAGUAGGGAGAAGAAGCCUCUAAAGAUUCUAUUCAAAUCAAAGCCAAAGUUAGCACAGAAUCCCUAAA